AAGGCUAGCAAUACUAGUACUGUACUUAUAAUUACAGGCCACAAGGUAUUGUACUUAGCUAACAACAUAGCAAGCUAGCUAGGGAUACCUACUAACUGUCUACCAUUGAAGAAAGACUAUACCCAUGACCUCCAUGCUGUGUGGACUAGUGUGUGUGGUUCUGCUCUCUGGGCUCGCUGUACUGGCAGGGGAACAGCAAGUUUACCUGGCACUGGGAUCUGGUAACAUCACCACUAACAAUAUAUCUUGAUCACUGCUAUUGGAGAAAAUGUUGAUGGUGGUCUCCCUUUUCUCACCUGUCACAGUGACCUCACUACCUGCUGUAGAAAUGUGUCUGACAACAAUGGUAAUGGAGCACUAGGACAGUGGACGUAUCCUGAUGGGAGUGUGAUAAUGGGCAAUGGUGCAGUCGCUGGACAGCAGUUCUACAUUGUGAGGAAUGCUGCUCGGGUCAUCAGACUGGCUCGUAGACAGGCUAACAAUCCUCUCACUCCAACCGGGUCCUACUGUUGUACUAUACCAACUACACUGGGAGAUAUAACCAUCUGUGCUAACCUGGUUACAUUUAUGUGUUCUGAUAAUUUCCCGGGCAUUGCUAAUGGAAGCAUAACCUAUACUGGUGGAUCCACUAACAACAGACCAGUGGGUGCUAUAGCCAGGUACACCUGCUUCCCUCCCUACACUCUGGUUGGAGUGUCAGUGAGGACUUGUGGGAGGGAUGGAGAGUGGAGCUCAACAACAACUCCAGUGUGUGAGAUGAUCUGCUUUGACCUACCCUUACUGACAAAUGGGACCAUUGACUAUGGUGGUGCUGGAUCCAAUAACAGAAGACCAGUGAACACUGUGGCCACCUACACCUGUAACCCUGGCUACGCUAUUGGUGGAGAUACCACUAGGACUUGUAGGAGUGGUAUAUAUAGAGUGUGGACUGGGUUUGCUCCAGUGUGUCUGUCUAACUGCCCUGACUUACCCUCGCUGAUCAACGGGAUGAUUAUGUACAGUGCUGGAUCCACUGGCAUCAAACCUUUCCUCUCUAGUGCUGUGCACUCCUGCAACACUGGCUAUACUCUCACUGGAGGAGACACUAACAGGAUCUGUGUGAAUGGAGGGAGCUGGAGUGGGUCAGCUCCAACUUGUCUGCGUAAGUGGAAUGCUAACUGCCCUGACUUACCCCCACUGACUAACGGGAUGAUUACCUAUAGUGAUAGAUCCACUAAUAACAGACUUUUCCUCUCUAACGCUACACACUUCUGCAACACUGGCUACACUCUCACUGGAGGGGACACCACUAGGGUCUGUGUGAGUGGGAGCUGGAGUGGGUCAGCUCCAAUUUGUCUGCUGAACUGCCCUGACUUACCCCCACUGACUAACGGGAUGAUUACCUAUAGUGAUGGAUCCACUAAUAACAGUCUUUUCCUCUCUAACGCUACACACUUCUGCAACACUGGCUACACUCUCACUGGAGGGGACACCACUAGGGUCUGUGUGAGUGGGAGCUGGAGUGGGUCAGCUCCAAUCUGUGUGCAGUUAGGCCCUGAUGCUAGCAACACAGUAGGUGUGGUAGCAGGUGUAGUCAUCGUGUUACUCAUUCUAGCCGCUGUCAUUGUGGUGGGUAUCAUUGUUGGGGUCUAUUUCUGGAGGAAAUUUCAUGGCAACCAGACCAAGUACGGCCCCUCCCCACGCCAUACCCCUCCCCCUCGCCCUACCCCUUAUCAAGCGUCCCUCAAGAAGAGCAACAGACAAGACAGUAAAGCCGCCAUUGAGAAAGUCGACGAGCCUAGUAUAGUAGAGUUUCCUAGUGAUACUCAUGCGACGGAGGGGGAGGAGGUGUAUCUGAGGGUGAAGGUGAGAGGUCACCCUCCACCCAGUCUCACCUGGUACCACGAUGGUAGGAAGGUGACUGCAGACUAUGCCACAGAACUGGACCAGGACGGUGGAGUAUCCUUCUCUAGUGUGGAGGCUAAGCAUGCUGGUGUGUAUAAACUGGUGGUUACUGGAGCCUCAGGGUCAACAACGCAACAGCUCGUCACGGUAACAGUGAUGAGUGAGGGUGGUAAGGCUAGUGAGGGGGUGGAGGGGGUGGACUACGCCCCCAUACCUGUGACAGAGUUUGGAGCGUAUGUGGCUGACCUCCAUGCUGGCAGCAAUAAGAAGUUCAAAGAUCUUUACAAGAAUCUGGACAGUGGGGAGAGGGGUCAUCCAGUGAUUAUUUCAGUGACUCCUGAGAACAGACUCAACAACAGAUUUGGCAACAUUGCUGUCUAUGAUGACAACCUCAUUAUCCUAGACCCCAUCCCUAGCCAAGAGGACUGCCAGAGUGACUACAUCAAUGCCUGCUAUGUAGACGGGUACAAGAAGCCUAAAAAGUUCAUAGCAACACAAGGUGGGUCCUUGGUUACUAAUUAAGUGUGUACCCUUACC